AUGUCCGAAGAGUACGAGAUGGACGCUACGACGGCUGGUACAACCGCUGCUGGCACAACUGCUGUCAAUUCGCCCACUCGGCAGCGCUCCGACGAGAAUCGAAGGCCCAGCAAUCCAGGGCGUUUUUCUCCCGGCAUCCAAAUCGGCGGGUACUACAACCAGGAGAAAUCCACCCUUCAAGAUGCUCUAGCCCAGCUUUCACCCAACGAGCCCGAUACCGUUCCCGCGAACACUGAUCCCAUCGAGGAUUUUGACGCACUGCUUGCCUCGCUCGAGUCAGAUGACGAAGAGGAGCUGUCCAUCGAAGACGAGAUUCCUACUGUUGGAGAGGCUAGAGCCGUUCCCAGUUCGCUGCUAGAGACAACUCCCGAUCAGGGCUUAGAUGACGCCGAGGUCCUCUCGAGGAGGAAGCGGUAUGGGUGGAACAUGAUGAAAGAGGAGAAUCGUAGCCAUCUGAAAACGUUUCUUAUGUUCUUUGUUGGGCCGAUCCAGUGUGUCAUGCUUUUGGCGUUUGUCCUUGCCGCGGGCCUGCAAGACUGGAUCGAUCUAGGAGUCAUUGCUGGCUUGCUCUUGCUCAAUGCAGUUGUUGGCUUCAUUCAAGACUAUCAAGCUGGGAAUAUUGUCAAGGAACUCAAGAAGACGCUGGCACAGAAAUGUACAGUCUUGCGCAACGGUGGGAUUCUGGCCGAAGUGGAUGUGCCUAGCCUCGUUCCGGGGGACGUCGUCCAUCUUGAUGAGGGCACCAUUGUACCAGCGGACGGUAUCCUAAUUACUUCUGGGGCCUACUUGCAGGUCGAUCAAUCCUCGAUUACCGGAGAAUCGCUCGCUGUGCAAAAGAGAAUGAGUGAAACGAUUUACCAGUCUUCCACGAUCAAGCGCGGAGAAGGCUACAUGAUGGUCACGGCAAUCGGUGACAGCACGUUUGUUGGCCGCUCUGCCGCCCUCGUCAAUGCUGCCGCAGCAGGCACCGGUCAUUUCACUCAAGUGAUACACGGUAUCGGUAGUGUACUACUGGUCCUCGUCGUAAUCACACUGUUCAUCGUCUGGAUUUCCUCAUUCUAUCGCUCAAACCCCAUCGUUCAGAUUCUUACAUUUACGCUCGCCAUCACGAUCAUCGGCGUACCAGUUGGUCUCCCGGCCGUCGUCACUACCACAAUGGCUGUUGGUGCGGCUUUCCUAGCAAAGAAGCGCGCUAUUGUACAGAAGUUGUCCGCCAUUGAAUCCCUUGCUGGGGUUGAGAUUCUGUGCAGUGACAAGACCGGUACCCUAACAAAGAACAAAUUAUCGCUAGGAGAACCGUACACUGUUGAGGGAAUCGACACUAGCGAGCUCAUGCUCACAGCAUGCCUUGCUGCUUCACGCAAGAAACGUGGAAUCGAUGCAAUUGAUAAAGCUUUUCUGAAGGCAAUCAGGCGUUAUCCUGGUGUCAAAGACAUGCUCAUGAACUAUCAGGUGGUUGAGUUCACACCGUUCGACCCCGUCUCCAAGAAAGUAACCGCUCUCGUGCAAUCAACUCGAGGUGAACGGAUAAUUUGUGUCAAAGGAGCACCGCCAAGCAUCAUGAGAAUGGUCCUCGAAGCCGGUCCACUAUCCGAAGAGACAGUCCAACAAUACAACGAGAAAGUGGCUGGGUUCGCAAGCCGUGGCUUCCGUUCCCUUGGAGUUGCUCGCAAGCGAGCCGGCAACCCUUGGCAGCUCUUGGGUAUUAUGCCCUGUUCCGAUCCGCCUCGUCACGACACCGCCAAGACCAUUCGAGAAGCCAUUGAUCUUGGGUUGAAGAUCAAGAUGUUGACGGGCGAUGCGGUUGGGAUUGCCAAGGAGACCUCUCGUCAACUGGGCCUAGGGGAAAACGUUUACAACUCUGAGAGGCUCGGACUCGGUGGUGGAGGGGACAUGCCAGGAUCUGCAAUCUAUGACUUCGUUGAAGCCGCAGAUGGUUUCGCUGAAGUCUUCCCUCAGCAUAAGUACAACGUGGUCGAUAUCCUGCAACAGCGAGGCCACUUAGUUGCAAUGACAGGUGACGGUGUGAAUGACGCUCCUUCGCUCAAAAAGGCUGAUACCGGGAUCGCUGUGGAAGGGUCCUCGGAUGCAGCACGUUCUGCCGCCGAUAUCGUAUUUCUCGCACCUGGCCUUUCGGCCAUCAUUGAUGCAAUUAAGACUUCACGACAGAUCUUCCACAGAAUGCAUGCGUACGUGGUGUACCGUAUUGCAUUGUCUCUGCACAUGGAUAUUUUCUUGGGCCUCUGGAUUGCCGUGCUCAACGAGAGCUUGAAGAUUCAACUUGUGGUAUUCAUUGCCAUUUUCGCAGACAUUGCUACACUUGCAAUCGCAUAUGACAGGGCGCCAUUCUCGCGGACCCCGGUCAAGUGGAAUUUGCCAAAGCUAUGGGGUAUCUCCGUCAUUAUGGGGCUCAUCUUGGCUGGAGCAUCAUUUAUAUGUCUCACAACAAUGGUGCUUGCUCAAACUCAAGAUGGCAUUGUAAAAGGGGGUAUAGCCGAGAAAUUUGGCAAAAGAGACUCAAUUCUGUUCCUCGAAAUCGCUCUGUCGGAGAAUUGGCUGAUCUUUAUUACUCGUGCUGAUGGCCCGUUUUGGACUUCUUGGCCAUCCUGGCAGCUGAUAUCGGCUGUUUUGACGGUUGAUGCUGUUGCGACUGUGUUCUGCGUAUUUGGCUUGCUCAACGGCGGGCAGAAGGAGCCGGUAAAACACCUUGUCACAACGGCACGAGUGUGGAUCUUUUCCUUUGGUGUGUUUUGUUUGAUGGCUGGCGUCUACUACCUUUUGAAUGAUUUUGCAGCAUUUGAUCGGAUAAUGCACGGAAAAUGGCCACGGGAAAGGAAGCACAAGAAUAAAAACAUGGAGGAUUUAGCUUUCGCUCUGGAUAGGCUUUCUCGGCAGCACGAUAAGGCGGUUUAA